AUGGCAACUUUAAUCUCUGAUCUUGUGGAGCCGCUUGGCCAGGCUAGGGGCUUCGUCUUGGCAACUGUGAUCCUCCUCACAGUAUUCAAGAUCUACAGAUACAGCAAUUCUGACUCCGUGUAUCCCGAUCUCCCUUUUGUAGGAAGAGAUGAGCAAACCAAGACGACGUGGCAGUUGAAACUGCGAUGGGUCAAAGAGGCAAAGCAUCUUAUUUAUGACACAUUAAGCAAGCAAAAUAAGCCGUUCCAACUCAUGGCAAGCACCGGACCGCUGAUUAUUCUUCCUGCACACUUCAUGGAGGAGGUUCGAAACGAUGACCGGAUGACCUUUGCAGCUUCUUUAAAGAAAGACUUUUUCUCCGCCUAUCCAGGCUUCGAGGGGUUUCGCCCCGCAGCAGAAGACCAUGUGUUCACAUCGUCCGUUCGAAUUGGACUCACACAGUCGAUUGGCAAAGUUACAGAGCUUUUGUCUCAGGAGAUGGCUGGGAUCUUGCGUGUAAUGUGGCCUGUCACUGAUGAAUGGAUAAGCACCGAAUUCAACCAAGACGCGCUCAAUAUCAUCGCCCGCUUGUCUGCACGAGUUUUUCAGCCAGAGCCACUCUGUCACAAUCAGGAGUGGCUGGACCUUACAGUCCGUUAUACCGUCGAUUUCUUCACAGCCGCUUUCGUUUUACGAAUGUGGCCAAAGGUACUCCGGCCCCUAAUUCACUGGUUCCUGCCCCAGACGCGCAGGAUUCGCAACCAGGUGGCCAUUGCCACACGCCUCAUGGAGCCUGAGCUUGCUCGCCGUCGAAAGGCAAGAAAGGAGGCAAUUAUCUCGGGGAAAGAGCCUCGUUCAGCUGUGGAUGCUUUGACGUGGAUGGCAACGGCUGCCAAGGAGAAAGCUGAUGAAUACAACUAUGUCUGGGGUCAGCUAAACUAUUCUUUAGGAGCUAUCCACACCACCUCUAUGACAUUUGUCUAUGUUUUAUAUGACUUGAUCGAGCAUCCUGAAUACAUCCCGUUGAUAAGGGAAGAGAUUGCCGCAGUAUGGAAACCCGGCGAUAUCUUGACUAAGAACACGUUAUACAAUCUGAAGAUCAUGGACAGCUUCAUGAAGGAAAGCCAGAGGCUCAAUCCUGUCACUCUCAGUAAGAUGGUUUCUCCCAUUUGUCCUCAUUCGGGGAAGCUGAAUAGCGAAUUAGUGCCCCUGAACCGAGUGGCGCAACAGACAGUUCACCUGUCCGAUGGAACAGUGAUCCCCAAGGGCGCUGGUCUUGCAAUCCCUGUUACCGCAUUGACAGAUGAGAAAUAUCAUCAGGACCCUCUUAAAUUUGAUGGUCACCGGUUUUACAAUUUACGGCAGCAGCCUGGUAAUGAAACGAAGUACCAGUUUGUCACUACCAGCAAUGAGCAUAUAUCCUUUGGCCAUGGAAAACAUGCGUGCCCUGGUCGGUUUUUUGCUUCGAAUGAAAUUAAGAUUGCUCUGGUGCAAAUUUUGACCACUUACGAUCUUCGCUUCCCACCAGGCAAAGGAAGACCAAGGUGCCUCGAGAAUGGAGCAAGUUUAGUCCCCGACCCAAGAGGGCUAAUCCAGUACAGGCGGAGGCAAGCAUGA